GUGGAUCAUAUGAACGUACGAAAAAUAUCUUUGUAUACAGUAGUUCGGUUAAAGAACUGUUUAUACAAUAAAUGUAUCGACAGUCACCUUUGGUUUUGGUUCGUUUUCUUGCAUAAUGCUACUACUUGCACAUGUAGACUGUAAUUAUUUCUAGUUUUUAGGUUGUCAGAUUCAUUAUUUCGCUUGCGUUUUCAUAGAAAAGGCAAAACAUCGAAGUCGCUUCCAUUUUGAGUUUUUGACAACCUUCGGAACACUUGACACCACGUUCACAAGGCAAAUUUCAGUAAGUCUGACGAAUGCGCAGACGUUUUUCCGCGGUGUUACUUAAGAACGAUAAAGAAAAUCUGUAAAACGGUUUUGAUAUUUUCUUUUAAUUUUUCUUUAAUGUAUAACCGUUGCAGGGUAUUUCAACCAAUUACGCUUUGUCUUGGAAGAACGUAUACCGUCAUCAUUAGAGUCUGGUUCAUCCACCCCUCUCGCCGACAGUCUUAUUGAUCUCAUGACAAGACCAAUCCGUCAGAUAUGUUCUUCUUCCAGAGAUAACGAAAGGUACGAUACUGUACAUAGUCUUCACGGGAAUGUGCCACCAUAAGUUCGUAAUAUAUUAGCAUUAUAUUUAUUUAUUGUCAUAAAAUUGGCUCAAAUGAGCGAAAUAUUCAUAGUCAGUGAACCAGGCUGUCACUCUUUUUUCAUGCAGUAAGAGCACGAGAUAGCUUUAUCAUGAUUCUUGCCAUACAUUGUUUUAUACCUUGGAAACCUCAUAUCUCUUACAUUGCAAGUAAAAUUUCAAAAUUAGUGGGAAUAAUUUAUAAGUCAAGUUUUUAUCUUUCUAAACCCUUACUACGAUCAUUAUAUUAUUCAAUGAUUUAUCCAUAUUUAUUUUAUUGUAAUAUUGUUUGGGCUUCAACUUAUAAAUUCAACCUACAUCGUAUUGAAAUUCUCCAAAAACGAGUCAUCAGAAUCUUGAAUGGGGCCACGUAUGAUGCUCAUACUGAUCCUAUUUUUAAAGAACUCAAAAUUUUGAAAUUUGCGCAAAUUCAUUUCUUGCAACUAGGUUUAUUUAUGUUUUCGUAUAAUCGAUCGAUGUUGCCAAGAAAAUUUGAAAACAUGUUUACUUUAAAUUAUCAGGUGCAUUCUUAUAAUAUUAGAUCGUUGAAUAAAUUCCGCCUUCCUCUGUGUAGAUUAAACAUUAGAAAAUUUUCCAUACAAUUUCAGGGUCCAAAAUAUUAUAAUUCUCUUUCUCCGGAAUUUUUGAACUGUUUUUCUAUCCAUUCAUUUAAAGCAAAGCUUAAAUUCUAUCUUAUUAAUAAUUGAACUUGAAAUUACUUUGUUAUGUAUAAAUGUUUCUUUAUGAUCAAAUUCAUUCUAACUAUCUUCAAUUUGUGUAUAUAAUGAUUGUAUUUUAUUUUGUAUAAUUAAUAUGUCAAUUAUCAAUUAAGAUCUAAUAAAUAGCUUAUAUUAUCUGAUAAAUUACUGACCUUUUUUCCAUAUUCAUAUAGUCUCUUAAGGAAGCUUAAUAUCAAAUAAGCCGAAAUGGUUUCUCUAUUGGGCUUCCUUGCUACUAACAUAUAGUAAACAUACACUAUUGUAUAAAUAUAUAUAUAUAGUCACAACCACCUGGCCAAAUAUUGUUUUGUUUGUAAAUAGUGUGUACAUGUAGUCAUUGUACUCGGUGUGUAAACGAUGUUAGUGGUGAAUUAAAUUAUUAUUAUUAUCUCAACUGUGAAUCACAAUGCAAUUAUCCAGCCUAGCUUCCUCCCCAGGCAACUCGGAGGUCAAAGGCAAUACUUAAUCAGAAAUGAUGGUGGUAUACAGCUAAUUCAAAAAAGGUUGUCCUUUGCAAAGCUUAAACUCUCAGUCUUUAGUUUCAAACACCUUAAUGUCAUUGAGAAACAGCUUCGUCUGUAAUCGCGAAACUCGUUGAAAUUGGGGAAAAUGAGAAAUUGUGUGGAAACACGACGCCUGGAGCGCGGAGUGUUCUCACACAAUUUCGAGUUGAUAUAACUGUUUAUCAACAUGGAAAAUGUUUUAUAUUUGUUAAGUACAAUAUCACAUAGUUUAAUUUCACUUGGCAAUGACAAUGUGUUCCAAAGUUCAGCAGACCUAAUAAAGCAGGAAUUGCGAUAAUAGUCCUGCUUGUACUUACAAAUUAAAUUAUAGUUAUUUGGAUCAUAUUAAAUUUCGGGUCCGAGAUCGAGGUUCAAACGUGUCCAGAUAAUUAUUAAUAUAUCCGCUGUUAUCAAAUUAUUGUCCAGAUUUAAAUAGAAAUAGUUCCUCCCUCCGAUACUCUAUAAUGGCAAUAAGUUCAAGUUUAUUAGUCUAUCAGUAUAAGACAUAUUCUGAGGAUAAUUUAGUAUGAAUUUUGUUGCUCUUCUUGAAACGUUUCCGAUUAGCUGAUGGUGUUUAUUGGUAGAUGGAGACCAUAGACUGCAUCCAUAAACUCUAAUUUAGGCCGUACUAAUGCGCAGUAUAAUAACUUUCUCGUGGAUGGAUCACGCACAUCAUGGCAGACUCUUUUAAGUAGCCUGAGAAUCCUGUUGGCCUUUAUUGUGUUUUAUACAUUUGGUACAUGGCGACCGUUUGCUGACUUUGGUACCUAUCUCUGGUUAUAUUAUACUAUGAUCUAAAGUGUUCUUUUGUUGUCUUCUCUCUAAUGUUUCCCACCCAAAUGAACUUGUGCAUGAUUUGGGUAGUAAAUAUUAUUAUUUGGAUAUUAAACAAUUUUUUGUUUUAGAUUUGCUCUACUAUCUUCAUUUGCGGAAACUGUUUUUGUUCCGAAAUUAUCUGAUCAAGUGAGAAAUUGUCUUCUGCCAAAACUUAAAGAUCCUGAAGUAUUUCCAUUUAAAGAUCUUCUCCAAUGUUUGAAAAAUACUGAAUAUACAUCCAGCGCUUACCUGCUGUAUUCUGUUUUGGAGCUGGCUCAAUCCAACGCUGGUAGGUAUACAAUGGUGGAAACUUGAAACAUACAUAACCUGCAAAAAUAUUUCAUUUUCAAAGACAACAAGUAACAGUAAAUUAGUUUCGUCGAGUAAAAGCAAUUAAUUGUUCGUGCGAUUCCACUUGCAGUUUAAAUUAAAUAUGUGUUCAUGUUGUAGAAACUCUGAAAUCGUCAGACAUGCCACUUUAUCUGGAAACUAUUUUACAUAUACUGAAGAAGCUUCCUCCUAAAGGUAUUUCUACUUUCUCAUAAUUUUUGGGAGCGUACAUCAAUUUGUUUAAAGUUAAUUUACAUAAUAGUUUUAUCUCUUGUUGUAACAGUGGAAAAAAGCGAGGUGCAAGAAGAGUUCGAGGACUCAGAUGAUGAAUCAGCUUCAAGUUCUUCUCAGAUGCAACAGGUAGUAGUUUUACUUAUGGCAGUUUUACAAUAGCAAUUGCAACAGGGGUUCUGUAUUCUGUUUUGUAUCCUUGAAGUACUUAUCCAUUGUAUCAUAUCUCAUGUUUGUAAUGAACAUUUAGUUUACAUAUGUACAAGGUUACAUAUGUAUGGAGUGUACAAUUAUUUAUAUACUGUAUGCGGCUUCUACGAUUAUUAAAAACCACCAGUGUAAAAUAUGGAAAAAGUCCAACACUUUGAAGGAAGGUCCUUUCCUACAAACGCCUGAUUACGGAGACCAUGCAAUACAACAGACAUUGGACAACAGUCUUUUAGUACGCGGGGAAACUGAUACCGUUCGGUCGAGUGUCGACUGGCUCUUUUCAAGUAAAUAGUUCAUCCAGAAUCGAACAGUGGAUCUCAGGAUGAAGAAUGAAACUACGUACCAGUAAAUGGACUGAUUGAGUAGAACAGCUGUUGUCUUGAUUAUCAUGAUUACUUUGUAUUUUAAUUUUUUGUUCAGGAUUCGCAGGAAAAUGAUGACCUGGGAGAAAUUUGUGAAAGUUGUUUUGAAUUGUUGAAUACGAGAUCUCAUGUGAAGCUAUUAUUAACACCAAUAGAAUCAAGGUACUGCAUGUACAUGAACAUACUGUACACUUUCACCCUAAAAAAUUAAUAAUCUCUCAAGAUAGUCAACUGACUGAGCGACGUGGUUUACUGUCCAUACUAUACUACCAUAACAACAUUGUACCUUGUGUAUUAACAGUCAUGCAUUUUGUGUUUUAGAUCGCUUGAAAUAAAACCAAGUGAAGAUUGCAUAAGACUCCUUUCUCUCAUUGUUAGCAGUUUGGUUUUUGAUCAAAAAUGCCGUAUCCAUAAAUCAAGGUUUGUAAAAAAAAAUUGUGAUUUGUUAUUUAAUAAUAAAUAUGUGUUUACGCUGUCCCCAGCGUUGUUUUUGUGGUUUGCUAGAGAUUUUAGUGAUUUAACAGACUCUGAUUAUAUUUGCUGUUAACUCUUGUAUGCAGGCUUUUGUUGACUCUAUCGUUCAAUCGAUGCUUCUUUAAAAAACUGUGGAGAAUGAUCAAUCAAGUUUCCCUACAAUCCAGUAUGGGGUAAGUUGCAUAGUGUUUUGAGUACACUUUUCCCGGAGGUUUGUUCCCUUACAACACACAUCAAGCACAAACUAUCAUGCAGCCAAUCUGCUUUCGCAAAUUGUUCUGACACGCCAAUCAAGUACACCGCUGCUCUUAGAUCCAGCUUGUUAACAUGGACUGUAGUCAUUACAUGCUGACAACUUCAUAUAAUUAAGGUUGAUAACCAUAAACAAUUUAUUGACUGGUUGUUCGUGACAAUCCGUGCAAACAAAAGGUAUAAUUAUAAACUCUUUCACUUUAUUUAUUACUGUAGUUCCUUCUACAGAAGGUUUGCAUACGGUAAUUGUUUUGUAAAGUUUUCCAGAGCUUUGCUAAGUAAAUAAACACGUGCAUGGUGUUUUCCACAAUGAACUUUUAAUUAUUAACUUAGACAGUCGUUUCCAAGCUUACAUACUGCAUCUCCCGGGAAUUCCUGGAGAAAACCAUUGUAUGCGGGGGGAAACAUUGUUUGACAAAGGAGAAAUUAUACAACAUGCAGAAGCGAAAUUAUAAUCAGACGAGUGAAUGUAUCCAGGUGAUCUUGAUACGCGGAAAAGUACUGGCACUAGUUGUCAAAUAGAAAUCCAUUUUGUGAUUAAAACAACUGAAUAUCUCCUGUAAUAUACUUUAUUUCGAUUCCAUAUUUUUGUCAGAGCUAUAGUUCUCAUAACCAAACAUAAUUACAAAAUUUCAACUAGUUUCCUAAAGAAUAACGAAAGAUAUAAUUGACUGAAUACAUCAAAAUGGAUUUCUAUUCGGACAACCCUUUCUGAGCGCUGAUUGGCUAAAAUACGAACACGAGAUCACCUGGAUUGCAGAGGUGGGAGGGCAUGGCUUACCUACUAUAAAACCAACACGGUAAAUCUUUCGAUACCACCGUGAAUUAUUUUCACUGUGUGUACAUCAAGUCAGUUCCUUUUUCGUGUUCUUUCUGUUUUCUUUGUAUUUUCGUAUUAAAAUAUCGAACUUUUGAUACUCUCGCUUAUGGUAGUUAUGGAUUGUAUGCACAUUAAUUAAUGUGUUAUUGUUGAUAUAGGAAACAAAUUUCUUUGCUCCAAAUGGUGAUUCAUGGUAACAAUCUGAGGAACUGGGAAGCAGAAUGUAUAGCUCCUCUUCUUGCAGUCUUUUGUUUCCUGCUUGCAAAUCUUCUGUUUUCAUUGCACGAUAUCGAUUUUCAUUCACAAGAUUCAGGUGAGUCAAACCUUAGGAAAGAACGUGUUUUUCGUUCUGGAAACCUGGUUAAUGAUUUCGUGCAAUUCCCUGCGAAUUUAGUAACUCCGCAGACGUCAGUAUUAUAAUUAGAACCAACUAGAGCAUAAAAAACUUCUAACCUGACAAAAGGCCUUUGCUCGUAACGUUAAAGUGAUAUUGAUCAUUUCCAUAUAAUUCAAGCCCAAACUCUCGACAGUUUACCUGACAGUUAAGACCCUUUUAUAGUGUAUACAAUCCAGCGAUUUUGAGUUCUCUGUGGUUUGAUGUUGGUUUGAUGUAUAUAAUUAUUCCCUAGUAGGGAGUUUAAGCUCCACGUUUCCGGGAACGGCAAACGGCAGGUUCGAAUUUUCAUGGCAAAAUUUUUGUUGAACGUUCUCGUUUUAUAUUUUCCUUCUUGUGUCGAAAGAAUAAUUAUGUAUUUCAGUUUUAAAACAGCAAGUUAAUUUACUCUUUAUUGUCUGAUACCAUCCUCGUCCCCAGGCCCAAGCUCGGCCCUUUGCCUGCCAUUUGCCGUUUAACGCGAAGCUUAAACUGUCUAACAUAGAAUGCCAUACUCGUUUAAAUUCUCACAGAAAGUCCAAUAUUCUUGCCCACAAAAUGGCGUAUAAUUGUAAUCACUUUUGGUCAAUUUUAGUAAGGCGGUUUGUAAGAGUAGUACGCUUGAGCGAAGAACGGCCCUAUAUUGCAUGAUGGUACCUAAAAACUAUACUAUCUGAGGCUACUGAACAUCGUUGUUACCCGAGAAAACGUGAAUGAUCUGGGGCCGGUUGUACGACGGACGGAUAGGGAUAUCCAUUCUUGACCAUUCUAUAGUACAGCCAAGAUGAAAGUUUAGGUCCAUAUCUGUAGUUUCCGGUGCAUAGCACUAUCCUGCUUUCGUACAACCGGCCUCUGAUCUAUUGAGUGAAGCUCAAUCAUUUUGCCAAUCAAAACUUAGUUAAUGUUGUUCUCUAGAACGACAAUUUUAAAUAAUGCACAUGCCAAUUGACAUAUGUACCUGUUGUAAAGAAUUCCCUGACUUGUAUGUUUUCGUGUUUCAGGUGCUAAGAUCCCUUUUACUUUGGAAGAACUAUCAGACAUGGGUAGAACGCUGUGUGAGGCAACACUUGGGGUUAUUGACAUCAUGAAUCGUGAAAUAAGGACAACCACUGUACCUAAUUAUGAUCUCAGAUCUAAAGUUGCUAAAGUUCGUCUUGCGGAAACACUUGAAAAUGAGAUGUACAGUAAAGAUAAAUGGAAUGAAGUACUAGAGGUAAGAUCCUACUCUUGCUUGCUUGUACAAUAAACAUAUUUAAUAUAACUUUAAUAUUUAACAAUUAUUCACCAAAGUGGUGGUGAACAAUGCAAGGAUAUCCGGAAUUAGGCAACCAAUCAAAUUGUGUGAAAAGCACUAUCCACUUUCAGUAUUUUUCCACAAGUGAACAUAACAAAUCCUACAAGGUGAUUGGUCAAAUUUGACGUAUCAUUUAUAGACCCGGAGCGAGGGGGAUUCGGCGUAAUAUUUCCCGAAGUGAUGAUAUUUUCCAAGGGGCUUUGCGCCGAGGAAAAUAUCAUCACUGAGGGAAAUAUUACGCCGAAUCCCCCUCGCUCCGGGUCUAUAAAUGAUAUAUUAUACCGAAAGUUAAAGUACUCACUAAGUUCAGAAUAAACUUAAAUAAAACUUGCUGAAUAUUAUAAAAUACGCCAAUAUAUUAAUACAAUUUUUAAUUUCUUAUGUAUACCUGAGUUUUAACGCCGUUUCCUCUUUAAAAUAUUUGAGCAAGUAUCCUUUGGAUCAUUAAAGGUAACAUACAGUACGUCUUGAAAAUGUUUUGCUAAGUCAAAUAUUCUGUACGAAAAUACGAAAUCACAAACAACAGCUCGCGAAGGCCAUAUUUUUUUAGAGCGUGGUGUCCACGCGUCACGCGUGAGCGUGGGAUACUAUAAUAUCCCACGGUGGAUAUGCCGUGGGAUAUUAUAGUAUCCCACGCUGGAUUGCGAAAUCAUGAAUUUGAGUGAAAUACCGUAAAAAAUCACGUGGUACAAAUGCUGUUUUUUCAUUGGACAAUUUGAAUUUGAGGUAUAAUAUAUCUGUUAUAUUCACCUGCAGAUGAAUAUAACAAAAUCGAAAUUUUCAAAAUGGCGGCUAGCCGUUUUGUUGAAAGUUAGUGAUAAAGAAAUAAGCGAAAUUAAAAUGAAUUCAGACCAGAAAAACACAAAAAAACUUAUACUAAAACAAUUAUUCGCCUCAGGCUCGGUGAUUAUUGGGGAAUAUUCACCUCGACUUCGUCUCGGCGAAUAUUCCCCGAUAAUCACCUCGCCUUCGGCGAAUAAUUGUUAAUUCGAGUACAGUAUAUGCUAAAAUAAAUAUUCCUUGAAAUCUGUUUAUCGAGAUCUGAAAGAAAUAAUUUCGGGAUCGUAAAUGGUGAGGAACACAAGUUUGAGUGGUAUCUCGUAAGAAAUUAGUAUCCUAUAAUACAUACUGUACGUCUAUAACUAGACUUGGUGGUCAUAACAUGACGUACAUGUAUGGGACCCAAUGACUUUUUCUGCAGUAAGUCUGCUUCUUACAGAAAAGUAGGGAAUUUUAGUGUAUAUGAUUAUAUGUUUCCAUUCUCUUCAGGCAAUGACGCGCGUGAUCAAGCAGUUACAUUCACGUGACACAAGGUUACAUUAUUGUCCGGCUGAUCAUUGGCUAUCGUCAAAAAUCGAACUUCAAGUUGAUUUGGUAAGAAGGAAGAAUAAUUGAAGCAUUUCAGAGAUGUUCGAAAGAUCUUUUAAUUACGGUUUCACGUUUUGACAAUUUGACACGUUUUGCAGUUUUACUGAACCGUGCUUCCUUCUUUGAACAACUUUUGUCAUGAAUGUAAUGAUUUGCAGGCCUCGCCUAAAUCAGAGUACAGACUCGUUACGUUCACGAUCAUAAGGCAUAUACAGACAACGAAGGAACUUCAUUGAGUUCCCAAAUAUCACUCACUCGUGAGUCGAACUGAAGUGACCUCGUAGCUUAUUUGGUAGAACAAUGGACUAGCAAAGUAAAGGUCAUGGGUUCGAUUUCCACCCAUAGAUAUAUCUUAUAUACACUAGAUAGCGCAUCUCCUUCAGUAAAAUUGAAGCCAAGAAUAUUCCAGCGGUUACCCCCAUUUGAAUAGAUGGCGGCCAUGUUGGUGUUUCCCACUCGCUAAUAAACGCUUAAAAAACAACAAUAACUUUAAUUCAUCACUUGAUUAGUUUAAAAAUGUAUUUGGAAUAGGUUUAACUUAAUGUUAAAGUUCCCUGUUUAAGAAAUAGAAAACAUACCAAUCUUCUCAUUUCAUGGGAAUACCCUGAGCCUGCAAUCACGGCUUCAAUUUUUGAAUUGCAGAAUAAUUAGAUGCACUAUCUAGUGUAUAUAAGAUAUCUAUGUUUCCACCGCGAUCAUGCAAGCAAAUUUUCAGCUUGCCCGGUGUAGACACACUGAGAGUAGUGUGGUAUCGUUCCAAACUUUUGGCAAUUUAAAUCAUUCGUACAGUACAUAGACACAUGAGUGACAUGAUUGUGUUAAAUUUGAGACAACCACGUUUAUUGUUGACGUAUGGCUUAUUCGUGCUUUAGUACAGCCUGGUAUACAGUAUGUACAGGGUGUCCCAAAAAAACCCGCAAAACCAUUGAAAUAACGUAUUGUUAAAAUUUAAAUGCCUUAGCACUAAGCUGAACGCAAAGAUGCGUAAAAUAUUGACAAGGCUGCAUAUAUUAAAUAUUGACUUAUUAAGAAAUUAAAAUAUCUUUGUAAAGCACACGAUUUUCUGCUCUUUAAAACAGCUUCUUAAACGGCCUUUUUAUGCAUAAAUUUACGUACGUCAAGCUUUGAUGUACGUGUGGGUUCAGCAGAGUGCUGAGGCAUUCAAAUUCUAACAAUGCGUUUAUUUCUAACAAUACAUUUAUUUUUUGUGUUUUUUUGGAACACCCUGUAUAGUGUCUAUGAUUUUGUGUACAGUAUGUGUGUAGUGUCUAUGAUAUAGUGUCUAUGAGUUUAUUGCUCUACCUUUGAAAAACAAACUACAAAAUAGAAAAGUGUUGCAAGUGGAUUUAGUGUCUGAAUAUUUAUUUUGUUUUUCUGUUAUAUAGAUAGAUCUGGACUUAUUUUUUCAGGAUAAAGGUUUGCACAACUACUUGAUGCGUAUCUUUCAUUUAAAUGAUGGAAACAGAUUAUUAUUUUUACGCAUUCUUCCUAAUAUAUUUGUGUAGGAACGUUGGAUCCAGCAGAUUUUUUACAUGGAAUGCCUGGGAAGACAUUUUGUCAUGUCGCCAUUUUAGAGCAUAUUCCUUUUGUCGUUCCAUUUGUUGAUCGUGUCAAGGUAUAGUACAAUGUAGAACAUUGAACUCCAUAUAAACUGGAAUGGUCAGUCCAAUGAUCAAAGCGACUAAGGAGAUCUUUUAAGAAACCCGAGUCAGAGUGUCGCAGAGUGUAGUACAUUACUGUACAAUACACAAGUGCUAUAAGUUGGGCACUCUAUAGUGCUGGGAAUAUCGUUGAUGUAGCAUAUAUACAGUAACUAUAUACCUUUGAGGAAUCUCUGUUCACAUAUACUAGCUAUUGUGAAAACAACAAUUGUAUGGAUUUUUGUUUUUCAAACCAGCUGUUUCAACGAAUCCUAAGUCAAGAUAAGGUUAGAAAUGUGGGAAGUAUGCACAAUUUUUUAAUGGGACCGUCUAUUGAAGUGCGAAUCAGAAGGAGUUCAUUGUAUCAGGAUGCUUUUGACGAGCUGAGUGGUGAUCAAGGUAAGGGUUGAUUUAUUGUGAAUUUUUCUACUAAGUACUAUUGUACUGUCCAGAAAAUCCCGGACUUGUUGGACAGAAGAAUGGCCAUUCCGCUGGUCACUAUAUUGCACGGCAUCGUGGGCUCUGUCAAGAAUUUUCGCGUGCUCUUUGUUUUACUGCCACUUUGACUUAUUUAUAACAAAAUAUACCAAAUGCGCUGUUGAUUUUUCUUGUCUCACUUCUGGGAUAUUCUCUGUAUUUUUAUUGCAAUAAAAAUUUGAAUUUAUUGCAAGUUGCGCUGCUCUCAGCCAAAUAUUUUUAAUAUAUUAAUCAGGCAUAAACAAAAACUGUAUUUUAUUUUAAUAUAUUAUUCCAGAUCUAAAGCAAAAGAUUCACGUGCAACUUAUAAACAUACAAGGCUUGGAAGAAGCCGGUGUUGAUGGUGGAGGUCUUUUCAGGUAAUGAUGAUGAUUUGUUUGGGGUGGCGUGGGCGUCAGUGCAACGCCUUCAUCUCUCAGUUCGUGGAUUCAGUUCUCGCUACGGACUAUGUAUAAAGGCCGUUUUCCACUAGGCGAAUUUUUUCGCGCGACGCGAAGCGAAAACCGAAAUCCGGCAACGUGAUUGGUCGGCGAAAAAAUUCGCGGCGAAAAAGUAGGAUCGCUUCCUACUUUUUAUCUGUUCGCGCGAAUAAAUUCGCCUAGUGGAGAACGGGCUUAAGGAGUCCGUCAACACUCUGCCGAACGUCGUGGGUUUUAUCUCCGGGUGCUCCGGUUUCCUCCCACAGGGAAAGUUGACAGGGUGGGUUCAGUGAACUCUAAUAAUAACUGGAAGGCUAAGUCAGGGGGGGGGGAAGUUGAAGCCGUGUUUGAAGCUUUUUUUGUAGGUAGACCCAGUCCUUUUUAAAUUUUUUUUUCAAAAUAUGCACAUUUUUUGAUCAGAAAAAUCUUGCCCCAAAAUAUUAGUUAUACUACCAAAUUUAAUUUAUAUCAGUAGUAUUAUAAAUGAAUUUAAUAUUCGCAAAGCAAACAAAUCACGAAUUAGCAACCAUAAGCAUGAACGGUCUGAAAAACCGCGCGUUUUAGGCUGCUUUUUCUGAGUUUUUGGAAGUUUAAGAUAAAACUAAGACGUCAUACCUCAGGAAUUUUUUAUACCCAUGCAAAAUACAUCUGUAUGCGAAGUUUCAAGAAUAUUUAGCGUUUUAACGUCGAAAAAAAAGCAUUUGAAAAUUGACAAAAAUAUUGCCAUAUUCAAAGUGCUCAUAGUGGCCAACAAGAUGCCGAUGACGAAAAUAACAUCACUUGAAAAACGCCAAUUUAUUUAUGUUUAAGAGCGACUAAAACAAGGACUAAAAGCUCAGGAUCAACAACAAUACCUGGGGUUUAGUACAACAUAAGUUUUGGGACUGUCAAAAUGUUUUAUAGUAUAUAUUUUUGAGUUGCACGGCGAGAUUUCCUUCGGCACAUCCAAACUUUCGUCAUUUUUUCAAAAUACAAAAGCAAAAUUCCUUACUUUUUGCUGCAGAGAGAUGUAAAACAGUCGGAACUAAUUGGAAACUUGGUUUAAAUCCCAAGUCAUUGUUGUAUUCCCAUGGGAAAAGUGUUUUUCUUGCAAAUUUUUGCUCGAAAACAAACUUUUGACAGAAUUUUUUUCACUCCUCAAAACUCUCCUUAGUCCUUUUGAAAGCUGAUUUUCCCGCGCGCCGGCUUCAACGAAUCAUAGACUUUCAUCAUAGGAGUUAGCCUUCCAGUUAUUAUUAGAGUUCACUGGGUGGGUUAGGAUAAACACAGUUAAGAAAGUAAUAUCACAAUUGUUGUAAAGGUAUAGGAAAGUAAUAUCACAAGUGUAGAUUAAGUAUGUAAUUAGGUAAGCGUAAUAAAGCGCAUUUGGUCAUCCAUGUCUAAAUUUUUCGCCAUAGGAAUAUUAAUCGUAAUCGUUGUUUGGUUUGAUUUACAAUGUCGUAUUUGUAUUGCUUGAGAAAAUUAUUAACUUCUUAUUAACCGAACGCGAGGUCUGUACAGAGAAUUAUCGGACCAAGGUCUUUUUUGACCGAGAUCCGAUAUUUAUCUAUACAUACCGAGCAAGCGAGGUUAAUAAAAAGUUUAUUAUAUGGCAUUUAUUGGCAUUUAUACUUGAAACAAACAAGAAGUGCAUGAUUUGAAAUGCAUAUCAGUAGCGUGGUACACAUUUGGUCGAAGAAAACAAAAAAUACCAAUGUAUUCCUUCUUUUACACUUUCCCAUUCGCAGAUAUCUUCUUAAUAACAAAUUAAAUUAUAAUUUUCAACUUUUCAAUUAGUUUUGCUGUUUUGUUUUAAAAUACAUGCGUUUGUUUACGGGAAAAUAAUGGACCGCUGAAAGUGCUUCUCAGCCAAUCACAGUCCGCCAUUUCACCGGAAGUAAUGCUUGCCAUAUAAUAAAUAUUCAAUAAUCUUGAUAAUUGAUAUUUUAUGAUGAAUUAAUUGCAAAUGUAUUGGACAAGUUGUUUAUAUAAUUGUUCUAGAUAUUUUGACAGGAUAUACUCCGUUGUUUAUCACAUUAAUUAUUUGCAGGGAGUUUUUGAAUGAAUGUCUCAAAGCUGGAUUUGAUCAAAAUAUCGGAUUUUUCUCGUCCACAAAUAAUGAACUACUUUAUCCAAAUCCACAGGUAGUGAAAUCAAUAUUUCCGAUAGGAGAUUGAUUUAUUAUUUCUCUUUUGUUAUCUCAAUCACCGAAUUUUGAAUUUUCUCAGUUUUUCUCAUUCCAAUUAGGGCGUUCCCAUUCGACAAAACUUACGUUUUGAUUUUAUUUGAUUUUAAGGCACAUCUUGUUGAAAGAAAUGUUUUCAAGCAUUAUUAUUUCCUUGGGAAAAUGCUGGGAAAGGUAUUGCAUGAUAUAUUUCAAAUACAGAAUAAGAACCUUUCUUUAAUUUCAGUUCGCUACGCUGUUUAAUACUAUAGAGAGGUUCAGUUUUGACUUCCACUACCGCUAGGUGUACCAUUACCUUUCACUGGCUUAGUAACAUCUGAUUGGUUAAUCGAACAUAUCAAACGCACCUGAUUGGUUAAUGGUAGCGGUAUAGUGGAAGUGAAAUCUGAACCUCACUUAUGUCAUCGGCUGUGCAAAAUGUUUUCUUGUUAUUUUUAUUUGCUGUUUUCCAGCAGUGCAUUGACUCUUGGUGACGGGAAAAGCGUAAGCAAGCGCCUAGGUCUAAGAGAUGUUAAACUUGAGCGCCGAUUAUUUAUUAUAGCAAGUUUAAUAAAAGUUUCAUACUUCCCAGAAUUACACUGUUUAUACAUUUUAAGAUAUAGUAAAAAACAAAUUCCGAAAAUACAGGACGUCUUGAGAAUUCAAUAUAUAAUUCAAAACAAGACGCAGUUUGAGACUGUAGUUUGAGACUGUAUAUGAAUUCUCAAGAUGUCCUGUUUCAAGACGCAGUUUGAACAAGACGCAGUUUGAGACUGUAUAUUGAAUUCUCAAGAUGUCCUGUAUUUUCGGAAUUUGUUUUUUACUAUAUUUUUUAAAAUUGUCGGCUGGUCAUGGUUUUUGGACAUUUUAAGAUGUUUGGUUGUUAUGUACUCUUAAUGUUGUAUAUGCACGUACUGUAUACAGUUGGAUUUUACUCUGGUUCUGCUUUCAAACAAAGAAACAAGGCAAAGUUUUUUCCAUCGCCAUGCACUUCCGUAUUAUGCUAUCCUUUACUUGAACGCAAAUGUUUAACUGCUUAUCACUCAAUAUCAUCUCUCAAUCGUGCAUUUUUGAACGUUACACUUCAAUAAAAUGUGCUUGAAAUUAUAUUUAUUUUAGGCUAUAUAUGAAAACAUGCUGGUUGAACUUCCGUUUGCCAGUUUCUUCCUCUGUAAGUUAUUGAGUCCAUCCAACGCAGAUGUUGAUAUCAAUCAUUUGGAAUCACUGGAUCCAGAAAUGUACAGGUACACCAUGAGUUUGAAAGGAACUUUAGUUCAAUACAUUUGUAUAGACGUUCUCUGGUUUAAGUCUUUAUUAUGAAUAAUCCUGGUUUCGCUUCAAACAUAUAAUUGAACUUGUGCAUGCAAGGAUUGGAAACUUAGCUGAAGUGCAUUCAACAGCAAAUUUUUGUCUACAUUUGUACAAACCCGUGAAUUCCUUCCUUAUCACGUGUGUAUCGUAUUUUCACCCAACUUACCACUAUCAAUCAGUUUGCUUUUUAACCCGCUUUUUAAUGAUUAAUUUAAACUUUCUCAGGCCUAACAAAAAAUAUCCUGUGUUUCUGGUUUUUCCACCGACUUCUUCUUUUCUGCCGACCCUAAUGUUUUAUUACAAUUGGUUCCGUUGUCUGCUUACCUACCGACCCUAUUUUUUUGUAAUUUAAAAAAAAUUCCGUCUACCUACCCUAACACGGAACAACAGUAUAAUUAUUUUUUGUUAGGCCUAUAGGUUGAUUCGGGAAAAAGACAGUAUCCAUGCAGGUGACGGAUAGGGACCUGAAUUUGGAAAUGAUCUACUGAAUAGAAAACAUUGCUAUAUUCUACCGCUAUCGACUUUCCAACCCACUUAAUACCACUAUAAAUAAUUGCAGGCGGACAAUACGAUUGUUACAAAUCCUACUUUAUACAUUUUCAAUUAAACCACGCUUUCCUCAAUCACGGUAUAGUCACUUCAGUUCAGGAUAAUUGCUACAGUAUAUAUCAAUCUGAUCUUUGUGAUGUUUUAAGGAAUCUACUGUAUCUGAAAGAUUGUCCAGAUGUUGAAGAUCUUGCACUUAAUUUUACUGUCGUUAACAACAACCUGGGGGAAUCUGAGGUACAUAAACGAGCGAUUGUUUUUGGCGCAAUGGUUGGAAAGAAUAUUGCAUUGCCAUCGCACAAGGUCGCUACACAUUACACUUGUGGCAAUGAGAGACUAAAAAACAAAACGACAUGAAUGCAACUUUUAUAACACACUCUAUUGGCUGUCUUUGAGAAUUAAACUGCCAUUCAUAAAGCUUGACCACAACUAUUUAGAUUGCUUCAUCCUUGAAAUGAUCACAGAACGUCCUCAAUAGACCUUUCCCCUUAUGAGUGAAAUUUUGAUCUAGAUAUGCCUGGACAAAAAUUUCAUCACAGCUUGAAAGAGCAUCACAAAAUUAGUAAUAUUCCGAGUUUCGUUGCGAAAUGUUGUAAAAUGCGGAUAAUAUAGCGAAGUUUGCCGUUUUUCAGUCAUUUUGCAUUACAAACGGGAAAUUGAUAAUCAGAUGAUCAAACUGAUUAUCAAUUUCCCAUUUGUAAUACAAAAUGACUGAAAAACGGCAACGCUAUAUUAUCCGCAUUUUACAACAUUUCGCAACGAAACUUCGGAAUAUUACUAAUUUUGUGAUGCUCUUUCAAGCUGUGUUGAAAUUUUUGUCCAGACUUGUCUGGUUCAAAAUUUCACUCAAAAGGGCAAAGGUCUAUAGGACAGCUAACUUUACAACAGUAUGGUAACACAGAGAAAUUUUGAGAAAUUUUACGAGAAAAUUUUGACAUUCUUGCAUGGUGAUAAUAAUUAAUAACAGAGUGCAGCAUAAGUUGUUUGUGCCAGCACUGACUGAAGUGUUAUCGUUAGCUCGUGUCGCUCGUGUCGCUCGUGUCGCUAAUUUAAUGCUCCUGAUGCAUAAGUAUAAAAUUUGUAUUUAAAGUUGCAGAUGAAGGGUAUUUGUAGAUGGACAUUUCGAACGGAAGAUUAUGUACAACUUUGUAUAGCUAUACGACUUUGCAGCUCAGUUGGUUAGAGCACUGCACCGGAAUGGCAGGGCCACAGGUUCGAUUCCUGUCAGAGGGCCUACAUAUAGUUGCAUUUCUAGCAGCUGUUCCUGGUUAGGUAUGUGAAUGUUGUAUAUAAUCUUCCGCUCGAAUUUUCCAUCCACAAAAUCCCUUCAACUGUUAAUUUUAUCGUGAUUUCCCAAAAUCUUAAUAUCUAUAGUUAUUCGUACAUUUUAUAGUCAUUCGUCUUACGUUCUGUAUUAUUCUCAAUUUAUCAUGAUCAGGUAGUCGAGUUAAAACCAGGCGGUCGAGAUAUUGUUGUUACCAACCAGAACAGAAUUGAGUACAUUCAUCUAAUGGCUGACUACAGAUUAAAUAAACAGGUUUGUGAAAAGGCAGAAAACAACAUUACAGUCAUGCGAUACAAUAGAGCGUUUGCACAUGACGUCACAGCCGCCAUGUUGGUGUUCCAAUUUAAAAGAAUUUAAUUAGACUCUUUUGUCUAAAACACCAAUAUGUAUGGCCGCGAUCCAAUGGUUUUUGUUGAGUUGGGCCCUGGGGAAUGAGUGCAAACGCUCUAUACAUUAAAUCAUGUGUAUAAUAUUAUCUUACUGUAUAAUAAAAUAAGGUAAUGUUCACAAUAAUUGUCGAGAAGGAGUAUGUUCAUAGUAUUGUCAUAUAUACAUGUAUUUAUAUAUUUUUUUAAGAAAGCUGCGCAUUGAUAGGGAUACCACUACCUGAAAAAUACAAGCAGAUUACAUCAGGUUUUGUAACUGAGAUUUUGUAAUUUUCGUAAGAUCGUGUAAUUUUCUCGACCGACGCUACGUACUAACUUCCGACGAAGGGCCUGCGUGACAGGCGGAUUUUUACGGGCAGCGAAAAUUAGGUUCCUUUGCCUCCCUAGUUUUCGCUGCCCGUAAAAAACCGCCUUCCACGCAGGCUACCCGACGAAGGACCUCAAAACGUCGAAGUUUUGGUUGUAUGUUUCAGGUAAUUGUAUCCCAAUCAAUCUGCAGCUUUCUUAUUAUCGUAACUAUCGUUAUUUUGUGUCAGAUUCGUCCUCAUUGCAAUGCAUUUCGAUCGGGAUUAUCGAGUGUCAUCGACAUCUCUUGGCUGCGUAUGUUUGAUCCCAAUGAACUGCAGGUAAAUAUAUUGCAAAGUAAUGAAUUUGUGUGAAGUUUCUCCUUCUGGUUACGCUGAAACUGUUAUCUAAACUUUACUUUCUUCUUUUCUCCUCAAGAUGCUAAUUUCUGGUGCCCAAGUUCCAAUAGACAUUGAAGAUCUAAAAAAUCAUGCUUCAUAUUCUGGUAUUGACACUGAAGCUUUUUUAUUACUUUGAUUUACACUGUUUCUAAAAUACGUGUUAAAAUCUCCCUCAAAUACUUUAAAAUAUUGCUAACCAGUAUCAUUUUCAUUCUGUUGUAUUUUUCGAAGGAGAUUUCAACGAGCAGCACCCUUGUGUACAAAAUUUCUGGUCAGUUGUGUUAAGUUUCAACGAUGAUCAACGUCGUCAGCUUCUGAAGUUUGUUACCAGUUGUUCAAGGCCUCCCCUUCUUGGCUUUAAGGUACGUAAUUAUUCCUUGCGCAACCGUCUUUAUCUCACAUCUGAGAAUGUGGGCCUGAUUCUCUUGCUGGACUCAAGACAUUCAUAUGAAAAGAAUCUGCUAACAUCAACCCCAAAUGUUGUGGGGUUGUCAGGUACCCACUGGAAAAGUUGGCUGUGUGGACUAUAGUAUUCAUUGAACGACCCAUCAGCAGUGGCGUAGCCAGCCCGACAGUUUGGUCAUGCUAUGCAUAAACCGUGAAAACAAUCAAUUUCUGAAGAAAUGAGUAAUGAUAAUGAUUUGAAAUUUGCAUAGCAUAACCAAAUUGUCGGGCUGGCUACGUCCUGCCCAUCAGCACUAUUGGCUGUGGCCACAAUUGCUUUGUUAUAGUAUGUACCAAUAGUCGGACAGGUCAUAUUGACUCGGUUUACGCUUUACAUUUAGGAUACCUAAGUAGACAAAUAAGCAACUGUAUAGUUUCUGUUGUGGCUAAAAUAUAAAUUUUGCAGGAAUUUGACGACUCUUACGUUUUGUCUCCAAAGUAUUACAACCUCUAGCGCAAGUUUCGUGACUUCCACCUAACAUGGCAUACACGACAACAACAGAACCCCGUUGUAUAGGACUUCAUAGGUAUAUUUAUCUGUUCUAGGACCUCUAUCCUCCCUUCACGAUACAUAACGCUGGUGCAGAAGAUAGACUACCUUCAGCGAGCACAUGUGUUAACUUACUCAAGUUACCCGCGUACCCAGAUCGUGAAACCAUGCGGCAAAGAUUAUUGUAUUCUAUUGAGUCUGGUGCUGGGUUUGAACUCAGCUAAUAAGGAAUAAUUCCUGAAAUUUAUUUUGUGUGAGUAUGAAUUGUGAGCUAACCGCCCUUCAUGCGAAUUUAUGGGAACGAGGCUCCAAUACCAAGGAAGUUUACGUCACGUUGUUAUUGGGUUAUUCGCGCACUAAUGUAGUAUAUAAAUAACGAGUACAUCAUAUUUUUCUUUAUACAGAUAUUGACAUUUACAGGGCUGUAAUGAAUAGAAGUGCAAUCUUCAAGAUCAACUUGUGGGAAUAACAGUAAGCUGACAUUUAUAGCAAUAUCUCGAGACGAAGUAUAUGAGAUAAAAAUGGAAAUCAGAAAACGAUUUUAACCAGCAUACCAUAAACAGUUUUGAGGAUGUAGACAAAUCUUCCGGAUCAAAAUCGGUACUAUCGUUGGAAAGAAUACUGUGGUCAACCAUAAAAGUUGUUUUGCUAUAAUUCAUGAUUAUACAUACAGCUAUUUCUAUUAAUAUCAAGGUCGUCCCCGAGCAAAGCGGAAAAGUCGAAUACGAGCGUGAAAGGCUUGCUGCCGCUAAAAAAUUCAUUAAUUUUUUAGCGAUUCUCAGCAAGCCUUUCGCGCUCGUAUUCGACUUUUCCGCUUUGCUUGGGAACAACCUUAAUUGAAAUAGCUGUAUACCUUGAGCCAUGCAGCAAUCAUAGCUUUUUGAAGGUACAAGGCGAGAUAUAAACUAAUCAAGAAAUUGUGGUGAAAUAACCAUAGGCGUACGGGAUUCUAGGGGAGGUGGGGCAGUUGAAAGUUUGCCCGAAUUAUUAUGGAGGAUUGCAGUGAAAUGAAAUUUACAUAUUUUAUUAUAAAUCUGGCUGAAUUUUCUUGAUUUUGCCUAGCAUUUACCCGAUUUCCAUGGUUUCCUAAAGUUUUUUUUAGGGGGGUUAGUUGUUAACCCCCCCCCCCCGCCCUCCUCCUGUCGCGUACGCCUAUGGAAAUAACUGCAUGAGUUGCAGCAUGCACUGCUAAAUAAUCAUGGAUGAUGUCCAGUGUGUUAGUCUAUUAUUAACCGUGGUCUAUACAACCGUAUACGUACAGUAUACCCGUGGUAUAUAGGGUAUAUUCCUGCUUUCAAAGUUGGCAACGAAGGUACAGUUGUGUGGCAAGUGGAGUAAUGACAGUUAAUUAAAUAGCAUGCAUAUACUGUAGAUUCAGUAGUGGUAUGAACAGCAUCAAUUACAAUUUAAAAUGUAUUAUACAUGUUUAUAUUGAACUGAGCGAGAAGUCCGGACUGUAUAGGAUAUUGGUCGAGUUCUUGUUUUCGUUUGUGUAUGGACCAAGUCGUAGGCGAGGUCCAUAUACAAACGAAGAAAGAAUGAGACUAGUAUCUCUAUAAUCACUGUCUGGACCGAACAAGCUCAGUCAAAUAAGUUAUUUAUAGUAUAUCGCUAAAGCAAGAGCAUUCUUCGAAAAACAAUGUUUAUAUAAAUUACGUCGUCGUAGAGAAUUAAUUUGUUUUCAACACUAUUUGAACAUUUAAAAACGCAGGAUUUUAAUUUUUUGUAAACACUUUUUGACCAAGGUAAAACGGUAACAACAUAUUUUCAGAUAUUAAUACAUUAAAAGUCGAAAUCAGAAAUUUUUGGCCAAUUUCACUUUAGUUCGCCGUUCACUGGAGGCAAGUAUUAAGUAUCACUCAGUCAGCAUUUUAAAUUUUAUAACAAGUGGUUUUAUAUAUAUGUAAACGACGUUUCAACACAAACUAUAGAGUAGAAAAGUAAGUUAUUUUGUAUAAAAACUUACUAAGGUCACAUAUUUAUAGUCUUUUACUGGGAAAAGAGUUAUAUUUAACUUUUCUUCAGCUAUGCAGCUGUCCAUCUUAGCGUUCAUAGACUUCAUACUAUGAGAUUUGUAAGCGGUCCGUACUGCAGGUUACUACUAGACCAGGCGGAGAAUAGGGGAAUCGUCGCCAAAAAGCGAAAUUUAUGAGACCAAGUCAGUUUGGUCAAUUCGAGGGCGCUGAUUUCGAAGCUCGAUGUUAUACGGAGCAUUUCGGGGGCCUUAAGCCUCGUUUUCGCCUCACAAUCUUCGUUCUCAAUCAGUUUUAUACAGGGUGUAUAAAAAAAAGUAAGACAAUCUUGAAAUUGCUCUCAAUUCCACAAUUCUGUUCAUGAAAUGUAAUUUUUGAUAUGUAUGGAUUGCUUCAGUUCUUAAAUUAUGGAAAAUAUAAAAAAAAAUUGAAAACAAUAAAUUUUGCUAUCCAGGGGGGUGGUCAACGUUUGCUCCCCUAAAAGUGGCUUGCGCGCGGAAAUAACAAACGGUAUUCUUUAUUUGAGUUCAUGUAUGAAAAGUUCGCUAUUUGUUGCAUUUAUGAUAAAAUUUUGGCAGGAUUUUGCCGAGUACAAAUCCUCCGAAAAGCCUAUAAAAACGUUACAUUUUUCUCCGUUGGUGCUGUUCUUGCUUCAUUAUGAAUUCAUUUUUAUCCCAUGAGAGUUCCAUGGAAUUUCCAUGGAAUUUGUGCUUUCGAGUUAUUUGUGCUGAAACGCAUUUUUUCGUAUAAUACGCCGUACAAUUUGAAAUAGCGAUUCCACAAUUUACCCCGCAGCAGAAAGCUUUUAUGGUAUCAGAGUCCCUCCGUAGCAACAACAUAAACUUGGUUCGCCAAAGUUUCACUUCAAAGUUUUAUUUACUUAAAGAAUUAAGAUACAUAAUUAACAUGACUCAUUUAAAAUCAAAAUGCAAAUGCAAAUUUGUGAAUUCAUAAUGAAGCAAGAACAGCACCAACGGAGAAAAAUGUAACGUUUUCAUAGGCUUUUCGGAGGAUAUGUACUCGGUAAAAUCCUGUCGAAAUUUUAUCAUAAAUGCAACAAAUAGCGAACCUUUCAUACAUGAUCUCAGAUAAAGAAUACCGUUUGUUACUUCCGUGCGCAAGCCACUUUUAGGGGAGCAAAAGUUGACCACCCCCCUGGAUAGCAAAAUUUACUAUUUUCAAA